AUGGUGGGGUCCCGACUGGAGAGAGCCCCAAAAGCAGCCUGGAACCUGCCAGAUCCCAACCCCAAUCUCAAUCCUGACCUGAAUUCUGACUCUGACCGUGAUCCCAAUCCUGACCCCGAUCCCAGCUUCAGUCCUGACAUCAAACCCGAUCCCAGUCUGGAACCCAAUCCCAAUGCCGAUCCCAGUCUUGACCCUGAUUCUGACUCUGACUGUGAUCCCAAUCCUGACCAUGAUCCUAACUUCAGUCCCAAUCAUUACCCCUACCUCAGACCUGAUCCCAGUCUGGAGCCCAAUCCCAACGCUAAUCCCCGUCCUGAGCCUGUUUCUGACUCUGACCGUGAUCCUAAUCCUGACCCUGAUCCCAACUUCAGUCUUGACCUCAAAUCUGAUCCAAAUCAGGAGCCCAAUCCCAACGCUGAUCUUGGUCCCGACCCUAAUUCUCACCCUGAUCCCAUUCCCUAUCCCGACCCCUCACUUAAUCCCAGUCCCAAUUCCCAUCCCGAGCUCUAUCCCGCUCCUGAUCCCAUUCCCUAUCCCGACGCCUCACCUAAUCCCAGCCCCAAUUCCCAUCCCGAGCUCUAUCCCGCUCCCGAUCCCAAUCUCAACCCCGAUCCGGACUCCAAAGCCGAUCCCACCCCCAGCUUCAAUUCCAAUCGUGACCCCGACUCCGGUCCCGGUCCCGGUCCCACUCCCACUCCCACUCCAACCUCACCCCUGGCCCCACUCCCCGCCCCUCACCAGCCCCUCCUCAUCCCCCCAGCGCCUCCGCCAUUUUCCUCCUUCCCGCGCUCCGUGACGCGCGCUGCGCGCUCUGAUUGCGUCACGGUGCCGUGA